UUCAAUCAUAAUCUUUUCCACCACCACCACCACCUCCUCCUCCUCCUUCUCUUCCACCCUCUUUUUUGCCUCUCCAUGAUACCCUACUAAUACCAGAAAGAUCACAGUUAAUCAAACUAUAUAUAACUGCAGGGACAACAAUUAAGGACAAGGGAGAGAGAGGAACUAAUCAGUUAAUUAAAGCUCUCGUUUCAUACAUAGAUAUCGCUCUGAGCAUAUAUAGGUUUGCACCGGUUUCAUCAUCUUCCUCAAUCCCUUGGCAUAUGCAAACAGCUCCAUCUCCAGAUUGAAAAUGUCAGCCCACAUGAUGCAUGAGCAGGUUUGCUACAUCCACUGCAACUUCUGCAACACAACCCUAGCGGUUAGUAUUCCUGGAAACAUGUUCAACAUUGUGACAGUGAGAUGUGGGCGUUGUUCUUGUCUGCUAUCUGUCAACUUGGGAGCUUUAGCUCAAGCCAUCCCUCUCCAGAUCCAUAACUUUGGAUCUCAAAGUGAGAGCUUUGAUCUUGGUUCCUCCUCCAAAUACAGCAGGAAUUCUUUAAUGUACUCAAUGAGGGAUGAUCAGCAUAAGAAAAGACAACGUGUUCCGUCCGCAUACAACAGGUUUAUCAGGGAGGAGAUUCAAAGGAUAAAAGCCAACAACCCUGAUAUUAGCCAUAAGGAAGCUUUCAGUGCUGCAGCAAAAAAUUGGGCACACUUCCCUCACAUUCAUUUUGGUCUGAGCCUCGAUGGAAGCGAUAAGCAAGUAAAGCUUGAUGAAGGCAUAGGAGCACCAGGGGGAGGAAAAGGCCCGGGCAUCUUCUAAGCAUAUACAUGUAUAUAACUGAUUAAUAAUCUGAUCAGUUCAUAGUAUUGGAUCUAGCUAAUUCCAUACUGCAGUUUGAUUAUUAUGCAAUAUGCCCCUUUAUUAUUGUCGAAAAAACAGAUAUUUAUUGUAUGAAUGCAUGUCUUUUCAUGAUUAA